AUGUCAAUUAUUUCGAGCAUGACAACCUUUCAAACCCUCCCAAAUGAGCUUCUCAUGGAGAUAGCAGGACACUUAGAGGACACCGAUUUGAACUCUCUUUCCAGAACUAGCCGUAAGCUUCACUCCAUCUCCAAUCCCAUGCUGUAUGUAUUGGCCUCGAGGAUACACCCUCAUCUCCUUUCUUGGGCAUGUGAAGUUGGCGCAACAGCUGUGGUACAGAAGCUGCUUGCGGCUGGAUCAAGCCCGAAUCUUCCGGCGUUCUUGCCUCUCUCACCAGAUCUCUACAACUUCAAUGGUCCCCCCGGAUGUCCAUUGGACAUUCUCGAGAAUAUAUAUGGGCACGACUGGUGGAAACGGCGAAUCAAUUCGGGAGUGAUAAUCGCGCGUGACAAUAUCAAGAUUUACGAUCCCGAACUACAUCCAAUCCCAGGACGAUAUAUAUGGUUGACAUAUUCGUACUGGUUCCCCCUUCACGCCGCCGUCCAAUCUGGUUCAGCUGAAAUCGUCAAGUUGCUAGUCAAUUCUGGCUCACAUCUGGAUUUACCUUCAAAUAUGUUAUGUUCCUGUCGGGCCAAUGGCAUUACCUCCCCCCAAGAACGUGGGCAAGCUGGUUGUUGGACCCCACUUCAUGCGGCACUAUGCUCUGGAGAUGAAGCAAUGGCGAACUUACUUCUAAGUCUUGGAGCAUCACCGGGUAUCGAGCUGCUCACCGGACAGUCAAACGCAUUGCACUGGGCGGCUCGAGCUGGUUUUAUCUCUACUAUACACCUCCUCAUAGAGGACCUCCAUGUCCCUGACGGAGCAACUCCUCUUAUGUGGGCACUGGGAACUAAGUCGAGCGUGAAGACAAUGGAUUGUCUUAUCCAACACGGUGCUGAUCUUGAGGCGAGAAUCACAAUCACCCACAAUGACUGCCGACAACCAACUGCUAUUUCCCAAGCUCUCGCUAACACAUGGACCGAAGAUGCUAAAUAUCUGAUCGAUGCUGGGGCCAAUAUCAAUCCCAUCCCGCCAUUUGGUUACUCCGCACUAGACUACUGUCUUUUUGCGUCUGGAAUUACUUUCCGCGACGAAGAGAUAUGGCAGUAUCGCCAGUUGUAUUCCUGUGGAAAAUCAUUCCAGGAUCAUCUGGCUCGACAUCAAGAGUGCGAGUACAAUGUUGGGCUAUUGGCACAUCGUCCUGCCCCUGGGGUUCCUCCUCCUGCUAAAAAGAUAACCAAAUCAGAAGUUUUUACGACAUUGGUACAGAAAGGUGCUCACCUCCUUGAUUUGUCACUGAUACGGGCAUCCAAACAUCACAAUCUGGCGCUGGUGAAGUACCUGAUUGAUCAAGGUGCUCGAGUCAACGCAGAAAAUGGAAACCAACUCGGCCUAUUUCCAUUACUUGCUGCAGUUUCGCACCGAAGCCUGGAAAACGCCAAAUCCCCACAUGAUACUAUCGACUACCUCCUCAAGCAUGGCGCGUAUCCUAACAAGCAAAACCGUUUCGGCCAGAGCGCCUUGAUGGAAAUCUGCAGUCGUAUAGAACGCAGCCCGAAACAGCUCAAGAUAAUCAAGCUACUAUUCCGUUAUGGCCUGGACCCUAACAUUAGUCAUCCUAGGCCAUCACCUCCGUGGCAUUUUUCCUAUUGGUCUCCAGCAUCGAUCACAGCUUUUCAAGCAGCCUUCUGCAUGUGGAAAGAAGAUAUCUGCCGUUACCUCAUGGAGAAAGGGGCAGAAAUCUCUCAUGAAAGAGGCGACCUUCGUCAUAUGAUAGAAUUUCGUGCGUUGCAUGGCGCGUACCACCAAAGUCUAGACGGCAUCAAGAACUGCCCCCACGAUCAAGAACUUGAAAAUCUGCCAGAUGGGGAGGAACGGGAGAGGCCCCGUAAUCCAGGGGAUGACUUUACUCAAAGUCGUGCUGACUGCGAUCGCUGUGCCCCCUUGUGCUACUUACUGGAGAUUGAUCAUGAUCGAUGGCUCGCGAAUGACCAAGAGUCGUUCUGGCUGGCUAGAUGUACCUGGUGGUUUCCAAUGGCCGAAUGCCUUAUUGAUCGAGGAGCUCCUAGCUCUUUUUGGACGUCAAAUCCCUGGAACCUACUCUAG